CCGGGGCCCCGGUCCUUGCCCCUCGCCGGCGCCAGCCAGGUACCCUGCUGUCAGGGACGCUCUUGCCAGGUGGCCCUGGACGCGCCAGGCUGGGGUCGCCUCUGAGCGCCCCGCGGGGGCCAUGGAUGGCGAGACAGCAGAGGAGCAGGGGGGCAAUAUUCCCCCGCAAGGUGCACCCUACGGACCCGGCUCAGCCGGCGCUCCUGCCCUCGGGGGGCGGCGGGAGCCCAAGAAGUAUGCAGUGACCGAUGACUACCAGUUGUCCAAGCAGGUGCUGGGCCUGGGUGUGAACGGCAAGGUGCUGGAGUGCUUCCACAGGCGCACUGGGCAGAAAUGUGCCCUGAAGCUCCUGUAUGACAGCCCCAAGGCCCGGCAGGAGGUGGACCACCACUGGCAGACCUCAGGGGGCCCUCACAUUGUGCGCAUCCUGGACGUGUAUGAAAACAUGCACCACGGCAAGCGCUGUCUCCUCAUCGUCAUGGAGUGCAUGGAAGGUGGUGAGCUCUUCAGCCGGAUUCAGGAGCGUGGCGACCAGGCUUUCACCGAGAGAGAAGCUGCAGAGAUCAUGCGGGAUAUUGGCACUGCCAUCCAGUUCCUGCACAGCCAGAACAUCGCCCACCGAGAUGUCAAGCCUGAAAACCUGCUCUACACGUCCAAGGAGAAGGAUGCAGUACUCAAGCUCACCGACUUUGGCUUUGCCAAGGAGACCACCCAAAAUGCCCUGCAGACACCCUGCUACACUCCCUAUUACGUGGCUCCUGAGGUCUUGGGUCCAGAGAAAUACGACAAAUCAUGUGACAUGUGGUCCCUGGGCGUCAUCAUGUACAUCCUCCUGUGUGGCUUCCCGCCCUUCUACUCCAACACGGGCCAGGCCAUCUCCCCAGGGAUGAAGAGGCGGAUCCGCCUAGGCCAGUAUGGCUUCCCCAAUCCUGAGUGGUCGGAGGUUUCUGAAGAUGCCAAGCAGCUGAUCCGCCUCCUACUGAAGACAGACCCCACAGAGAGGCUGACCAUCACACAGUUCAUGAACCAUCCCUGGAUCAACCAAUCAAUGGUGGUGCCGCAGACCCCACUCCACACGGCCCGCGUGCUGCAGGAGGAUAGAGACCACUGGGAUGAGGUCAAGGAGGAGAUGACUAGUGCCCUGGCAACCAUGCGUGUGGACUACGACCAGGUGCAGAUCAAGGACCUGAAGACCUCUAACAACCGACUGCUCAACAAGCGGAGAAAGAAGCAGGCAGGCGGCUCCUCAGGCUCACAGGGCUGCAACAACCAGUAGCGCACCGGGCCUUGGAUGAGGGCCUUGGAUAGGCCCGGCUGCUCAGCCUGGGGACAGACAGGAGCGUGCUGACGCCCCGGGUCAUUGUUUUUAACAAAAGGAUCAUUUUGUUGUGUUUUAUUUUGUCACUUAGAACUUCAGGAUGGGCGACCGUGACUCCAAACCUCCUU